UCCUUGUCUGAAUAUUGCACACCUUGCUCCUUCAUAGAGCAAAACAAACAAGUUAUAAUAUGUUUGCUCAAUGUAGGAACUUGCUUCAAUUUCACUAGUGUGAAACAAGAUUGCAAUUUAUUCCCAAUUGGGUAUCUAGUAGCUCGGACUCUUGUAUCAGUGCCUAUAUGAUCUUAAUUUGAUUUCUGCUUCCCUCUACCUGCUGAGUUAUUACUUUCUAAAUGAGGUAGGACAUGGUUGUUUUCAAUCUGUGGAAAAACUGUUAUGGUAUUGGUAGUGGACUUUAGGAACUGAGAACUGCUUUGCCACGAAGGAGCUCGCUAAGGUUAGUGAAAGCUAUCAUUUUCCUGUUACAGCUUCUUGAUUUGAUUGAAAUUUGAGGGAAUUUGUAAGCAUGAAAGAAACUGAGAAGAGAAAAGCUUCAAGGAAUAGUCAGACAAAGGGUUCUAGAAGAACCGAAAGAAGAGAGGAUAAAUUGCAUCAAGAUAAUUCAUCCAAAACAUUGAAUGAAAAAGGAACUGAAUCUAAGACACCCCAGGAUAGAUCAGCUGCAAAUAAUUUAGUAGGCGAUUCAAACACUGCCUCAGAGAAUUCAGAAACUUAUGAAAACGUGGUUAUAGAUUAUGUGGAUGAUGUCAACAGGUCUGAGGAGGCACUUGCCGAGAUGAAAGUUAAUGCAAUGGUUGCUAACCAGGCCAGUGAUACGGAGAAAGAGCAAAAAGAAGGGAAUGGAGAAGUAUCAGAUACUGAUACAGUAAAGGAUUCAGUGUCAUCCCAAGGUGAUUCUUUCACAAAUGAAGAUGAGAAAGUAGAAAAAGCUUCAAAAGAUGCAAAAAGUAAGGUCAAAGUGAGUCCCUCAGAAAGCAGUCGUGGAUUAAAGGAGAGAUCUGAUAGGAAAACAAACAAAUUGCAAUCCAAGGUAUCAGAUAGCAAUCAAAAGAAACCCAUGAACUCAACUAAAGGACCUUCCAGAGUUACAAACAAGAAUACUUCGUCAAACAAUUCUAAGCCUGUGAAAGCUCCUGUAAAAGCUUCUUCAGAAUCUUCUGAAGGAGUUGAUGAAAACCAUGUUCUAGAGGUGAAGGAAAUCGAGAUCCUGGAUGGAGCCUCCAAUGGUGCUCAGAGCUUAGGAAGUGAAGAUGAAAGACAUGAGACAGUUAAUGCUGAAGAAAAUGGUGAACAUGAGGACAAGGCUGCUUUGGAACUAAAAAUAGAAGAAAUGGAAUUACGAGUUGAAAAGCUUGAAGAGGAACUAAGAGAAGUUGCUGCUCUUGAAGUGUCACUUUAUUCUGUAGUACCAGAGCAUGGGAGCUCAGCACACAAGGUGCACACACCUGCUCGGCGCCUUUCUAGGCUCUAUUUACAUGCGUCUAAGCAUUGGACCCAAAAUAGGCGAGCAACAAUAGCCAAGAAUACUGUUUCUGGCCUUAUAUUGGUUGCAAAGUCUUGUGGUAAUGAUGUUUCAAGGUUAACAUUCUGGUUGUCAAACACCAUUGUGCUGAGAGAGAUAAUUUCACAUGCUUUUGGCAAUUCAUGUCAAGUUAGUCCCCUUAUGCGGUUGGCUGAAUCGAAUGGGGCUGGCAAUGGAAAGUCUGCAUCCCUGAAAUGGAAAGGAUUCCCAAAUGGUAAAGCAGGAAGUGGUUUCACUCAGUUUGUUGAAGAUUGGCAAGAGACAGGAACCUUUACAUCUGCCUUAGAAAGAGUAGAAUCAUGGAUCUUUUCUCGGCUAGUGGAGUCAGUGUGGUGGCAGGCUUUGACUCCUUACAUGCAGUCUCCAGCUGGGGACUUCUCUUCAAAUAAAUCCUUUGGGAGGGUGCUGGGACCUGCACUUGGAGAUCAUAAUCAAGGAAACUUUUCCAUCAAUCUCUGGAGAUAUGCUUUCGAAGAUGCUUUUCAAAGACUCUGUCCUCUUCGAGCUGGAGGGCAUGAGUGUGGUUGUUUGCCUGUGUUGGCUAGAAUGGUCAUGGAACAGUGCAUAGCUAGACUAGAUGUUGCCAUGUUCAAUGCUAUUCUUCGGGAGUCAGCCCUUGAGAUCCCAACUGAUCCUAUAUCAGAUCCUAUAUUGGAUUCAAAGGUUUUGCCAAUUCCAGCAGGAGAUUUAAGCUUUGGAUCUGGUGCACAGCUAAAGAAUUCUGUUGGGAAUUGGUCUAGGUGGCUUACUGAUAUGUUUGGCAUGGAUGUCGAAGAUUGUGUGCAAGAAUAUCAGGACAGCGGUGAGAAUGAUGAAAGGCAAGGUGGAGAUGGCGAACCUAAACCUUUUGUUCUCUUAAACGACUUGAGCGACCUUCUAAUGCUCCCAAAAGACAUGCUUAUAGAUAGACACGUCAGAGAGGAGGUAUGUCCAUCCAUCACUCUUUCAUUGAUAAUUAGGGUCCUCUGCAACUUCACCCCGGAUGAGUUCUGUCCAGAUCCUGUUCCAGGAACUGUCUUGGAGGCCCUGAACGCGGAGACUAUUGCGGAACGAAGAUUGUCAGCAGAAUCUGUCAGAAGCUUCCCUUAUGCCGCCGCCGCAGUUGUGUAUGUGCCUCCUUCCUCAUCUAAUGUGGCAGAGAAAGUUGCAGAGGCAGGAGGAAAGUCUCACCUGGCAAGGAAUGUAUCAGCUGUUCAGAGGAGAGGAUAUACCAGUGAUGAAGAACUGGAGGAACUUGAUUCCCCUCUUACAUCCAUCAUUGAUAAGCUUCCUUUAUCUCCAACUGUCUCUGCUAAUGGACAAGAUAAUCAAAAAGAGCACAAGAGCUAUACCACCACUACAAAUGCUAGAUAUCAACUCCUCCGUGAAGUUUGGUCCAUGUGAACCUUGAGAGUUCCCAAUAUGUGUACCCCAGUUUUUGUUUUUUACCAAAGGAAAAUUGAAUAUGUAAAAUAUGUAGGAACAAUGGAAGUAAAGUAAAAAAAGAAUUUGAAUAAUAAUAAUAUCUGCAUCCUGUAGUUAAGUGAGCA